AUAUAUAUACUAGAAACGCAACAUUGUGAUAUAUAUAUAUAUAUAUAUAUACUAGAAACACAAGGAACUCUACAUAUCUUUUAUUUUCUCGUUAAUAACAUGAUACUUCAACAUCACCAUCCUGUUUUUGAUGCAUCGUUCUCCUAUUCUCCUUAUCAUUAUCAUGCUUUCAAUCUAAAAGUUGAUAAAGUACCCAUAAGCAAGGAGGACCAUGUCACUUUUGUCGAGCAGUUUGUACACGAUGUUCGUGGAUUCAGUUCUCAGUAUGGCAGUAGUAUAAGCAUAUCUUAUACCGCCUUGAACAUAGCUGGACCACCUAGCAAAUUUCCAGACUAUGGAGAUUUUCCACAAGCAUUUGUCAUGAGAACUUAUGGAGUAUGGUGGGACAAAGCGCCUUCAAGAUCCAUAGAUUAUAUGCCACAGAAUAAUCCAGAUGUUGUGAGCCAAGAUUAUAUUGAUAUUGAAUUUGGUAAAGCGGUAUAUCCAAUCAGAGUCUCUGUAUAUGAAAUAUAUAAUCCUGGAAGCGUAAUUAGAAUAUGGGCGCAAGAUUGUCAUGAGCAGUGGUUUCAAUUGUGGAGUGGACCGCCUCAGAUUGUCCCUCCAAGGUCACGAAUAUUCUCACCACCUUUACAGUCAUGUAAUUUUAAAACAAAAAUACUGAGACUGGAAUUCAACCAUAGUCUACUCGACUAUUAUACAGAGCUGGAUGCUGUGUUGCUCAUUGGUACAUCGGAACUGAUUCUUCCUAAAGACAAAUUGCACAAACGUAAUUUGACUGAUUUGUUACAAAGUAUGAACAACAUUUAUCCGGACAAAGAUGAUCUUUACAAUUUAACACCAGAUUAUAAAAAUACAAAAGUGGAUUUGGUUAAUCUUAAAGCAACAUUACCUGAACAUUGUACUGUGUACAGAAGUGAGAAUUUUCACGAGAGCAAGCUAGUAUCUGAAUUGGAACAACUUUAUCAUUGUGUACCACCGUUGAAAGAAGGAUGUGACAAAAUGCAACAAUUUUUGUUGGAAGAUUUUCCGCAAUUUGUGCAGGAUAUUCAUGUCCCUGCAAAUGAUUCCGAGGAUCUACCAUGUGGCAGUUUUUCUGUGCUUCCUGAUGAAACAAUAUUGAAAAUAUUUAAAAACUUGGACUUGAGAUCGCUGUAUCGCUUGUGCAGAGUAAAUAAACACUUUAAUAAUUUAGCACAGGACGUUUUGCUUUAUACGCGUUUGAACUUGAAGCCGUAUUGGCAUUCUUUUGAUGCGCGUGCAUUGAAUUGCUUGGCAUCCAGAUGUAAAUAUUUGCAACAAUUGGAUCUUUCGUGGUGCGGAAACUAUGACAUGUUCUCUACUACGCACAUCAAAAAUUUUCUCAAAAACUGCGGCAAUCUCUUGACGCACUUACGAUUGAAUUGUUGCGACAAAGUUGACAAUUCUGUUAUUCUUGAAAUAUCAAGGACAUGUAAAAAUUUGAAAGAAUUGUCUCUACGUAAUUGUCGUUAUGUAACAAAUGCAGGAUUCUCACAUCUUAAUCAACUUGAAUUCCUCCAACAUUUAGACUUUUAUGGAACUUUUAUAAGCACUCCAACUCUUUGCAGCAUACUGCAAAGAAAUCCAAAUAUGCGUCAUUUAAAUAUAGCAGGUAUGCAAGAAUAUUUACAUGCAGAUGAAAUUGCAAUCGAAUUGGGAAAUUCGUGUCCAAAAUUGGAAAGUGUAGAUUUUUGGAAGGUAUGCACUCUUACGUCGCAGGGUAUCGGCGCCCUCGCUAGGUGUAAGAAUCUACGAGAAGUGGAUUUCAGUUGGUGCGGCCACACAACUGGUUAUGGUGAAACCUUCCGUAAGCUGUUCUCUUCCUGUCAGAGCUUGGAAAAGGUCUUUCUAGCUGCUUUUAGGGGUCUUACGGAUCGUGAUCUGAAAGAAUUGACAUUGUGCAAACGGUUGAAACAGUUGGACUUGUUAGGUGCAUUAUCUCUGACAUCGGAAAUAUGUUAUGAAUUUUUGUUGAAUUGCUCCGAACUAGAGAUGAUUGACCUUAGCUUUUGCGACAACAUUACCGACUUCCAAAUCGAACAGUGGCGACAGGAAUAUCCACAUGUGGCCAUUAAAAGAAUUAUGUAAAUUAUAAUCGGUAUUAAGAAGAUUAAAUGUAAGAUUUUGAGAUUUUACAUAAAAAGC